GAUGAAGGGAAGCACUUCCCAUUGAAUCGCAUUGUCUUGCACCAAUCGCCAAAAUGAGGUUACUCCAGCUGCUUACUGCGGCAAUUCUGCCAUUGUCUUCUCUCGCUGCCAAAUCGAAAUCAUCCGCCGACCGAUUCGCUGUGCAGAGCGCGAAGCCGCAGCCUGUGAAGCUCGACGACAGUUCCUACGAGAAGCUCACCAAAGCUCCGCGCGAUUACUCGGUGGCGGUCUUGUUGACUGCGCUGGACGCACGCUUUGGAUGCCAGCUCUGUCACGAAUUUCAGCCAGAGUGGGAUUUGCUUGCAAAGAGUUGGAACAAUGGAGACAAGAAGAAGGAGUCGAGGCUGGUCUUCGGCACCCUGGACUUUAUGGACGGCAAGGCCACUUUCCAGUCGAUGAUGCUCCAAACAGCGCCAGUUCUGCUCUUCUUCCACCCUACCACCGGGCCCAACGCAAAGCCAGACAAGCCUAUGGAGCGACUCGACUUCAAUACUGGCAUCAACAAAGCUGAGCCUGUGCACAGCUGGAUCGCUCGUCAGAUGCCAGGUCGCCCGCACCCUCCAGUCGUUCGCCCUAUCAACUACAUCAAGAUCGUGACCACUGUUGUCGCCAUCCUUGGAGGCAUCACCUUCGUCUCAGUUGCUGCACCAUAUAUCUUGCCUGUCAUCCAGAGCCGCAGCUUGUGGACAGCCGUCAGCUUGGUUGCUGUGUUGCUCUUCACCUCAGGUCACAUGUUUAAUCACAUCAGGAAAGUGCCAUAUGUGGCUUCUGACGGCAAGGGAGGCGUGAGCUACUUCGCUGGCGGGUUUCAAAACCAAUUUGGUAUGGAAACGCAGAUCAUCGCUGCAAUCUAUGGCGUGCUCUCAUUCGCGACUAUCAGCCUGGCGCUGAAGACUCCACGCAUUGCAGACCCGCGCCAACAGAAGAUCGCAGUUCUAGUGUGGGGCGGUAUCAUCCUUGCCGUGUACUCGUUCUUGCUCAGCAUAUUCCGCGUGAAGAACGGAGGAUACCCAUUCUGGCUGCCACCAUUCUAGGGGCCGUAACGCCGCCACUGAAUAAUGGCAAUUUCACCAGCUGGCCAAGUUGACCGUCUUGGUCGGUCUGUAAAAUACAGCAUAGCAUAUUCAACUGCAAAAUGAUCAUUCCGUCAGACGACCUCUCCCAAGA